AAUGGGCCAAAAGGGAAGAACCAUGGCUGCCUGCAAUUGAGCGUUGACUGCGGGGUCAUGGACUUUGUGCCCAAAAGUACAAGGUCUCAACAUGAUGACGUGCCAGGGUUCAGCGAUCCCCUGGAGGAAUGGCCGCAGCAACGCAUCUAUGGAGACUUCUACAGGGAGCCAGUGGAAGACGUCACGCGAGGCGUUUCUUUCGCCGAGAACCUGGAGCCGGCUAGUGGCUUCAAAUUUGGUGGCGACUACUACCGUGACAACGAAGACGUCUUCAAAGGCUUGACACUGGAGCAGCUGCCUGAGGAAAAUUUGUUUGGCCUUGACAACGACCAAGGCACCAAGAAGAAUCCAUGGUCCUGGGGUAGCGCCACCACUGCCGCAACUGAGAAGAGUUUUGAUGAGGGACUGGCCUUCCAGGUCCCCUUGCUGGGCCCUGAGCAUUCUGGUAAGUCCAGCCUUGUCAGCUCGAUCCAAUUCUUUGAGGCACCUUGCGACAAGUUCCAGAAGUCUGACCUUCCUCCGCCGAAGCCCACCGAUCCGCAUUGGAGUUUGGAGGUGACCAACUUCUGCAUUCGCACGCCAACUCCGUGGCUCGUGGGGAAUCAUUUGUGGACUUUCUUGACUUACGAGCUUGCUUCUCCCAGCAUCAAGGUGAGUCGUUCUCCCAAAUUCGCGCUCAAAGCCGAUGCCUUCGUCGGCAAUGCGAAAUGUACCCUGAAGAUUCGGGUCUAUUUCAUCGAGGGCGAAACGUAUUGCGUGGAAUUUCAGAAACGAACAGGUGAUGGCAUCGCUUUCAACCGAGCUUUCAGACAGGCAGUGAAGUUUUUGGACUCUUACUUCACCGUGGAAUCGACCAUUAAGGAGAAUCCGAGCCCAGUAUGCGAAAGCCCCAUUUCCUCGGAUGCUGAGAUCACGCCAUUGCUGGACAUGGCCAGUGUGAAGCAAUAUCCUUGGCUUCAGGCUGAGUCAGCAGCAGCCCUGGCGGACAUGGCAAAGGAUCAAAAGUCAGCCCCUAGGCUACUCCAACAGGACGUCAUCAAGGAAAUCCAGAACCUGCUCCAAAGCGACAAUACAGAUGUUGCCUAUCCAACGAGCCGAUUGUUGUCGAAUUUGGCCAAGAUGCCACGGGCAGCUGAGCACUUCGCCGCCCCGGGACUUCUGCCCACCAUGAUCGACAAGGUACAGUCCGGCAGCCCAGCUCAAGCAGUAGAACUAGCCCAGGCGAUCCACCUGGUCAGCGACAAAAUUUACCUGGAUGAGGAGCAAAAAGAGAGGGUCACACGGCAGCUACAGUUGGCCAUCAAUUAUCUUGCGCCCUCCCACCGUGCGCGACCCCUGUUGGAAAAGGCAUUGCAAAAGCUGCGGCGGCAACUGGCAUAAGCCGCUGGUGGAUGUGUCGCAGUGCAGGAUGAUGCUGGUAGCAAAUGGACCCUUUGGGACCUUGGAAUUUGCGGCGAUUGGCUCAGUGCUUCCCGCGCCCACCCAAGCGACCAGCCAGGGACCCACCCCGUGGAGGGGCCAAUCUGGCCUCUCCUAGACCACCAAAAACCCACAGCUGGGACUGGAAGUCACUGAGCCGAAUCCCACCUGUUGGACCGGAUCGAAGCGAAUCUGCAACGUCGCGACGCCGCGACGCCAAUGACACCAUCGUGCAGAGUGAUGACGUGUCUUCACACUGUGCGGCAAAGUGGUGCUUGCAAUCUCGCGGUGGAAAUCGAGAGACCAG